GAAUUACUCUAGAUUGCAGCGGGGAAGGAGAAGGCAUACCGUAUCUGCAAGCAGAUGUGAGCUGGACUAAACAGCAUCCUAAAAACACCAAGAGAAUCGCUAUGUGGCAGCCUGCGACCGAACGAUUGCAGCACUUUCAAACAAUGUUGAAGACCAAGCUGAAUGUUUUAACAUUGCGGAAAGAGCCACUGCCCACAGUAAUAUUCCACGAACCAGAAGCCAUCGAACUCUGCUCCACCACUCCGCUGAUGAAGAAUCGGACUCACCCGGGCUGCAAGGUUACUUAUUUGGGGAAGGUCACCUUAACAGGGACGCAGUUUUUAACAGGCUGCACUGAAUCAGCGGUCAUCGGCUUGUGGGAGCAGCAUACCCUAGCACAGGAAGACACUACUCCAGCCAAUGCCAUUCUGGAGAUACGGCCCUUUCAGGUUCGGUUACACCACCUGGAUGGCCGGAGAGAAGCAACAGUCCACAUGGACACCUACCAAGUGGCGCGCAUCGCCUACUGCACCGCGGACCACAACGUCAGCCCCACCAUCUUUGCCUGGAUUUACCGGGAGAUAAACGACGACUUGACUUUCCAGAUGGACUGCCACGCGGUGGAGUGCGAGAGCAAGUUGGAGGCCAAGAAACUGGCGCACGCCAUGAUGGAAGCCUUUAAGAAGACCUUUAACAGCAUGAAGAGCGAUGGGAGAAUCCACAAAAGCAGCUCGUCGGAUGAAUUUCCUGAGGAAUCUGCAACCGACGAUGACUGAGCACGCCCAUUAACGAACCAGCUGCAGCAGGAACACUGAGAAUUUGAAAUGGACAAGAAGGGAUUCAAAUGGGGAGGUGGGAAGUUGAGGGUGGAGAUGAAGGGGGGGGGGAAUGAGUGAGGGGGGGGAAACAAAACGCUGUGGCUUUCUUGGAUGACCGCCUUUCCAAAUCAAAAGGGUGAUUCACUACCUAAAGAUAUGCAUUAUUAAAGUAAUUACAUUCCUGUUUCAAAGCUGCUGUGCUGUAAAUGUGCGAAUAAGCUUUUUCUCCUACAGCUUGACAGUGCUCAGGCUCUUGCCUUGACUCUAAUGUGCACCAAUUUGGCUAAUGAAAUCCAUCAAGCUAUUGUGAAGAGUCUGCGGACCCAGCCUCAGACUUUGUCGUACAACGAAGCUGACAUUCAGCAGCCAGACAGCUGUGAAGACACGUGGGAGGAGGUUACAGAGAAAGUAGCCUCCUUCUUAGGCUGACCUUUCCCUUCUGAAGAAAUAAGGAAAACAUUACCGAUACAGUAUAUAAAAAAAUGUCAAAAUUACAGUUAAAUGUUUGCCAUUUAAUGUGGCGUGAAUUCAACGUUUUUUGUAAUUUUCUUUAUAAUGUCAUGAUACAAAAACAAUGUUUCUAUAAAAAUAAAGCUUCUGUAACGAGGGUCAGUUACUGUAAUAUCAUACAGUUUUACACUGCUGUGGACUGGCACAACCAGAUAGACUGUUUGGGUUUUGCGGUUUAGAAUUAUUUAAAAGUGACUGAAGCACUGGUCACAAGAAGAAAAAUUAUCUAAGGAACCAGAGCAGACACAUCCAGUACAUUAGAUACACUGUAGGAAACGUGUGUUAUAUUUUAGAAAAAUCUAAACCGAUUGUGUCAAGUAAAAAUAAUUAGAACGCCAUUCUUAUUUUACUUCACUUUUAUCUACUUUGCCACCACACUAUAAAGUCACUUCCUUUUCAGGUAUUCAGACCUUACUCAGAUCGAGUACCAGGCUGUGGGUGCGAGUCUUAGGUAGUAUCAUAAUACCUGCUGUACAGGAAGUUAAUUUAUAGUGUGUUGGCAGGAUACAUUGGCCUUAGUCACAGUUAAAAUUGAGGUACUUUAACAAAAUGUGAAGAGGCUUGCAGUAACAGGAGAAUGUUUUAAGGUAAGACCAGUGUGCACACAUAACGGUCCACUAUCAUGCAACUAUUCAUCAUUUUUGUAUAAAAAACACGAGCGUAUUGGAGUGUACUCAAAUGCACCUGAAUAGUCUACACAAGGCUAGAAGUCAUCAGGUGCACCAUCUGUGACAGAGAGAUGGACAUAUGGACAGACAGACAGACACAGUCAGUGCAUACACGUUUACAUUCUGAAUGAGAACCCUAAAAAAUGGGGUUUAAAAUUUUGAUUAUUUGAAUCCCUAAAGUUUCAAAAACAAUUAUAAAUGUCAGUAUUUUUUUUUUUUUUUUUUUUUGGACGCUACUUUGCUUAAGAAUGGAAGCUUAGUAUACCGUGACCAGCUAUUUUAUAAGGGUUCAUUUUUAUGAGCAGUGUCUAUUGAAAAGUUUUACUUUUUUCAUUGAAGGGAAUAUGAUUGUAAAAUAUUUUCAUUUCAUGGUGUGAGGUUCUUGGAGCAUUUACUUGUGUCAAUAUGUUACAAUUAAAAACAAUACAGCUAUACAGAUAGAAGUUAUAUACAGGAAUCUUAAGGGAAUCGUAUUUAAACUUUAUGAAAGGUGUUACCAGUGCAUAUUCUUGAGUGUGGUCAAGGCCAUCUGUUAUUUGACUUAAAGAUUCAAUUAACACUAAAGUUUUGACAGAGAAUGUUAUAACCUCAUUUGGGAUAUGGAUUAUGGGAAGGGGGCUAAUUAGGUUAGUGUAGUUUUUGCUGUGUAGUCGUUCCUGCACCAGUGCUAUCACGGAGUCAGAGAUUUGAUACAUCAGGGGAAAUAAGAUCACGGUCACAAAAGUUUCUUAAAUAUUCUGUGACGCAUUUAAAGAGAAGAUAAAUGCAUCUUUGGGGUCCGAACCCCUAAAAAGAUUGUGACCCAAUGCAGUAUGAAAGGAAUAAUAUAAUGGAAAAAUCUUAUAUUUCUGCAGAAAAAAAAAAGAACUAUAUAAGCUUCUGUAAAUAAAAUGUAUCUUUUUUUAAUAUUA